UCGCUCACAGAAAAGCGAUCUUUGUGGCGGCGCUAUAAAAUAUAGCGGCACCACGGGGUCCUCCAACAGUGAACUCUGACUGAUUGUGGGAAAGUUGAGUUUAAAGUAUAAGAUACUCUAGAUUUCUUAGAAAAUUUAAAACAAAGGAAUUCAUUUCAAAGAUACUAAGGAAGAACACAGGCACACACAAACACAAACACAGGCACAAGAAAAUUGUUCACAUUGUUCCUCAAGACGAAAGCAAAGAAACGUAUUUCCUUCAGACAAGCACGUGACAACUUACCCGACCAAUCAUGAGAACUGAGCUGUUCCUACUGGUCAUCUUGCCCUAUUCACUGAUGAGCGCUGAGGUUCCAGAUGGAGACAUCAAGAAGAAAUCUCAAUCCCAAGUUUUCCAGUACGAGACAAGACCUGGCGACCCACAAGGGAGCGAGAUGAACAAACGAAGCAUCGAUUCCAUCGGAAGCGGUUUUAUCAAACGUCCACUUGAUUCAAUUGGGAGCAGUUUCAUUAAGAAAGGAAUCGAUUCCAUUGGCAGUGCUUUCAUCAAAAGACCAAUUGACUCUAUAGGAAGUAGUUUUGUUAAGAAAAAUAUUGAUUCCAUUGGUAGUGCGUUUAUUAAAAGACCUUUAGAUUCCAUUGGUAGCAGCUUUAUUAAAAGACGAUUUCAUCAUUACGCAUUCAACAAAAGACCACUCGAUUCUAUAGGAAGCAGUUUUAUCAAAAGGGGUAUCGAUUCCAUAGGAAGCGGCUUCAUCAAAAGGCCACUUGAUUCGAUCGGAAGUAGUUUUAUAAAGAGAGGUAUCGAUUCUAUUGGAAGUGGAUUUAUCAAAAGGCCACUAGAUUCGAUCGGAAGCAGUUUUAUCAAAAGAGGUAUCGAUUCUAUUGGAAGUGGAUUUAUCAAAAGGCCACUAGAUUCGAUUGGAAGCAGUUUUAUCAAAAGAGGUAUCGAUUCUAUUGGAAGCGGCUUUAUUAAAAGGCCACUUGAUUCAAUCGGAAGUAGUUUUAUUAAAAGGGGCAUAGAUUCUAUUGGAAGUGGAUUUAUCAAAAGGCCUCUGGAUUCUAUAGGAAGCAGCUUUAUCAAAAGGGGUAUUGAUUCCAUUGGCAGUGGUUUUAUUAAACGGCCAAUUGAUUCGAUUGGUAGCAGUUUUAUAAAAAGAGGUAUCGAUUCUAUUGGAAGUGGAUUUAUUAAAAGACCAUUAGAUUCAAUUGGAAGUAGUUUCAUCAAAAGAGGAAUCGAUUCCAUAGGUAGUGGGUUUAUUAAAAGACCAAUUGAUUCAAUUGGUAGUAGCUUUAUUAAAAAGAGUAUCGACUCAAUCGGAAGUGGUUUUAUUAAAAGGCCGAUUGAUUCUAUUGGCAGCAGCUUCAUCAAGAAAAGUAUCGAUUCUAUUGGUAGUGGGUUCAUUAAGAGGCCACUCGAUUCUAUAGGAUCUAGCUUCAUCAAAAGAGACUACGAUGAAGAAAUGGAGGAUGACAAGAGGGCGCUGGACUCCAUCGGUAGCAGUUUCAUUAAACGCCCCGAUGAUGACGUUGAAGAAGAUUUUGAGAACGGUCAGCUAGUGAGGGGUAAACGAAGCCCCACCGAUGUUGUCGUGAAUGAACCAUCUGACAAUUCGUACGACGCCAUGGCGGCGGGCCUUCAUCGUAAUGACAUGGUACAUGCACAGCUCCCUCUUUGGUUUGCUGAAAUGGAGAUCCCAGAAUACCUGUUGGAAGAAGCCCAACAUAAUCAACAGUUACGGCGGUAAACUAAAUGUGUGCGGGGGAAGAGUUGUUGUGGGGGGGUAGUGUGAGGGGAAGGGAUGAACUUAGAAAGAGGAGGUUUAAAGUACAUGUAUUUUAAUGUUCAGAUAGAAACUGUUUGAUCAUUCCUCGGAGAAAAAAAACUAAAACGAAGGGGGAGGGGGGGUUGGAAAGUAGAAAGAUAAAAGACAAAGAAACGAAGUCUUGUUGCACUCAAAAUGAAUUUCUGUUAUUUAAACAAUAAACAACCUUGCUCUAUGGUAGCCUGUUCAUUUUUUUUAAAACAAAGUCCUUCAAAUAUAAUGACAUCUGUGGAUACUUUAUGACAAGCAUUAUACAGACCGCUAUUUUUGUAAGAAAUGUAUUGGGAAAAUGGCUUGGGUUUUAUUGAGCUGUCAUGUGCAUGAAAAUACAAUUGUGAAACUUCUGAAUUCUUUCAAAGUCUAAAUCUCUUAAAUUGUGACAAUUUCACGGUCUUUUCAAUUAUCUAGCUUUAUUGAUUUUUAUUAAUGGGUGAACUGAAUUGUGACUUUCCACGAGUAUUUAUGAAAACAAUAAAAGCUGCCACAAUGAUUCAUUUUGAAUUAUUUUUCCGUUUAUUUCAUGUCAUUCUACUAACUAGCAGUUCAUUGCCUUGAAUAUUGUAUUACAAUCACUUAGGGACUAAGGAGUACCUGCUUAUUGAAAUUCAAUUUUGUUCUCAAACAAUAAAUAUUCAAACAUGCAUGAGGUGCUGAGCAAUGGCGAAUCUCUAUGAAAUCCUCCAAUUAUCCGCUGCGCGCAAUUCUAAAAAAAAAAAAAAAAGGUUUUUUAAAUUUUCCUUUUAUCUUUAAAGAUAUUGUUUGAGUGACUUCUACGCAGACAGGGAAUCUUAGUGAGAAUUUGAGUUAUUUAUUAAAUUUAAAAAAAAAAAAAAUUACCUUCCCUGACAUAAACAGAAUUGCUUAUCAAUUAAAUAUCUGUGAUAGUGUAUAAUGACAUAUGCGCACUGUUCUUGUUUCUUCUAGUAUUUGCACUGACAUAUAUAGUGUUUGAAGGAUUACAAUACCAAUGUAAUUAAUGAGAUGGGGGCAAAACCAAUACGUUUUAGAAAUAAAGACAUUUUAACUCUUUCGUCUUGUCAAUUAGGAAAUAAAAAUAUAUAUCUUAUGUCUGUCACUGCCGAGCUUAUUGUUUGAGGUUAUUCAAAGAUAAUUUGGAUUGAUUCCUAAAUAAAUCAGUGAUUAAGUUCAAGUGUUGAAAGGCUUUUACUGCAGAUGUUUUUAUGUGCACGUUAAAUAAACCAAUGUUUUUGUUCCAUUAAAAACUUGAGGAAUUUUCAUUUUUUUGUAAAUAAAAAAAAAUUGAGUUAUAUUAGAAAAAAAUGUUUAAAAAAAAAUGAUUUCAGACCAAUACAAUGGAUUUGUUUCUCAAUGUCUCACUAAAAGUGCUGACUCACUGCACAUUAUCUUCUCGUGAGGCACAUUGCCACCAAAAUAGAUUUUUUUUUCUUGUUGUUUCUUGCAAUUAAUACUUGUGUUCUCUCGUUGCAAUAAAAAGGCAAAUUUGACAAA